GCGGCCGGAUGACGUGGCCGGGCGGACCGGAAGUGGCGUCGCAGGUCGGCGUUAGUGGCGGGGCGCGGGCCGGCUCCGCGGCGGGGCCUGCUGCGUGCGCGGGGACGCGGAGGCCCGAGAUGGCGGCGCCCGGGCUGUUGCUGCUCCGCGCGGCCGCCGCGCUGCUUCUCCUCUGCCUGCCGCCGCGCGCCCGCGCCGACGAGCACGAGCACACGUACCAAGAUAAAGAGGAAGUUGUUUUAUGGAUGAAUACAGUAGGACCCUAUCACAAUCGCCAAGAAACAUACAAAUAUUUCUCUCUUCCUUUCUGCGUGGGAUCAAAAAAAAGCAUCAGCCAUUACCACGAAACCCUAGGAGAAGCACUUCAAGGAGUUGAAUUGGAAUUUAGUGGUCUUGACAUCAAAUUCAAAGACGAUGUAAUGCAGACUACUUACUGUGAAAUUGACUUGGACAAAGGAAGAAGAGAAGCCUUUGUGUAUGCUAUCAAAAAUCACUAUUGGUACCAGAUGUAUAUUGAUGACUUGCCAAUAUGGGGCAUUGUUGGAGAAGCAGAUGAAAAUGGGGAAGACUAUUACCUUUGGACUUACAAAAAACUUGAAAUUGGUUACAAUACAAAUAGAAUUGUGGAUGUCAAUCUUACCAGCGAAGGAAAGGUGAAACUGGUACCAAAUACAAAAAUCCAGAUGUCAUAUUCUGUGAAGUGGAAGAAGUCAGAUGUGAAAUUUGAAGACCGAUUUGACAAGUACCUUGACCCAUCUUUCUUUCAGCACAGAAUUCACUGGUUUUCAAUUUUCAAUUCUUUCAUGAUGGUGAUCUUUCUGGUUGGCCUAGUGUCUAUGAUAUUAAUGAGAACUUUGCGAAAAGAUUAUGCAAGAUACAGCAAGGAGGAAGAAAUGGACGAUAUGGACAGAGAUCUAGGUGAUGAGUAUGGAUGGAAGCAGGUCCAUGGAGAUGUUUUUAGACCAUCCAGUCAUCCUCUCAUAUUCUCAUCACUUAUUGGCUCUGGGUGUCAGAUUUUUGCUGUGUCUCUUAUAGUCAUUGUUGUUGCAAUGAUAGAAGAUUUAUACACAGAGAGAGGAUCAAUGCUUAGUACAGCUAUAUUUGUUUAUGCUGCAACAUCCCCAGUGAAUGGAUAUUUUGGAGGAAGUCUUUAUGCUAGACAAGGAGGAAGGCGGUGGAUAAAACAGAUGUUCAUUGGAGCUUUCCUUAUUCCGGCAAUGGUGUGUGGAACUGCCUUCUUUAUUAACUUCAUUGCCAUCUAUUACCAUGCUUCAAGAGCUAUACCGUUUGGAACCAUGGUGGCAGUAUGUUGUAUUUGUUUCUUUGUCAUUCUUCCACUGAACCUCGUUGGUACGAUUCUUGGCCGAAAUCUGUCAGGACAGCCCAAUUUUCCAUGCCGUGUCAAUGCAGUGCCUCGUCCCAUACCAGAAAAAAAAUGGUUCAUGGAACCAGCUGUUAUUGUUUGCCUAGGUGGAAUCCUCCCCUUUGGAUCAAUUUUUAUUGAAAUGUAUUUCAUUUUUACUUCAUUCUGGGCUUACAAGAUCUACUAUGUUUAUGGCUUUAUGAUGUUGGUUCUGGUUAUCCUCUGCAUUGUGACAGUUUGUGUGACUAUCGUUUGUACAUAUUUCCUGCUAAACGCAGAGGAUUACAGGUGGCAAUGGACAAGCUUUCUUUCUGCCGCAUCAACUGCGAUAUAUGUUUACAUGUACUCCUUUUACUACUACUUUUUCAAGACAAAGAUGUAUGGCUUGUUUCAAACAUCAUUUUACUUUGGUUAUAUGGCAGUAUUUAGCACAGCUUUGGGAAUAAUGUGUGGAGCUAUUGGUUACAUGGGAACAAGUGCCUUUGUUCGAAAAAUCUACACUAAUGUGAAAAUUGAUUAAGGAAAUAAGAAAAUUGAACUAUGGAUCAGUUCCUGUUUUCAGGGGGAUGAACUUGCACAACAAAAAGCGCGAGAAGAGAUUUGGGUUUUAACACUGGGCACUGUAUGGGUCUCCAUUUUGUGGAUGGCUUAAAGUAACAUCUAUUUCAUUGAUCCUAGGUUCUUAAUGACUGCUUUCUCCAACUGUUCACAGCAAAUGCUUGGAUUAUAUGCAGUAGGCAUUACUACAGUACGUGGCUAAUCUUCCCAAAAAACAAACAAACAAACAAGACCCCAGCGCAUUUAAGAUGAAUAGACUAGCUCUCUUCAGUGAAGAGGACAAACGGUUUAUUUAAAGCAUUUGUUCCAUUCAAUAAGAAGGGGGAAGCUUGGCUGCUAAAACUACUUGAUCAGUAGUCUUCCUGGUACUUAACAUUUCGAACGUAUGCGAAAAUGCUGUUCCAGAAAGAUUACUUUUCUGAUUUUUACUGCCAUUGCCAGGGUAGGAGGUAUCUUUUAUAUUCUGAAUCCGGGUGCUUUUGGUUUAUUUGCGUUAUCAACUAUGCCCUACAUUCGUUAAAAAAUAAUUUAAAAAUAUAUAAAAGAACCCACAUGCAUGUAAUAUAUCAGCUCUCGUUCUAGUUGGACCAACUUCCCUUUAUUUAUCUUGAAAGUAAUAUCCAGCUAUAUCUUAAAUCCAUCCAAAGAAAAUAGAGUUUGAAGACGGACGUGUUCUCUGCAAUGCAGUUUACUGUACAGUUAGAAAGCAAAAUGUUAAAUGAAGAGGAUUGUUUGUUUUUUAAUAAACACUCUGAGGUCUAGAUUAAAACAAAACCAACAUUUUAACUGAAUGUCUAAAGUGAUUCUCCUUUUUUUUUUUUUCCCAAGUUAUUCUUGCUUUUUUGGGGGGGGUUUGAAUGAAGAUUUUCCUUUAGACAUUAUACAAGGGGUAAUAAGUGUAUAUAACAUUAAAUAAUGUAACUUAGGUGUAGAUCCCAAAUGUAUUUGGAUGUACAGAUUUACUACAGAGUACUUUUCUGAUGAUUCGGUGUAAAAAUGUGUGAAUUUGGGUGGCUUUUUACAUCUUGCCUGCCAUUGCAUGAAAAGUUGGGUUUUCUUCACAAUGUGUGUAUGUCAUGCUUUUCUGUUCUUUCCUUUCUCAAGCUCUUACAGGAAUUAAAUUUGUAAUUUAGAACAUUUUAAUUUUUGUUAAUCCUAUCUGGACACUCGUGUAACAUCAGAAGCACAGCUGCUUUACAGUGUUCAGAAAACUAAAAUAAACUUUUCAGACAAAAAUGUUCUGAUUGUGAAAAUAGAUGAGUUUACAGCCGAAAAUGUUUGAAAAGGCAGCGAAUGCCUGUUUCUGUAUAUGACCUCAGUAUGUUUUUCAAGUGUCAAAACUCCACACAUUGAAUGCAGAAUUUCCUUACAACUGUGUUGUACGAUACAGCUCCGUAGUGGCUGGGCAGCAGCAUGGAAUUCUUCUUGGCUGAACUGUCUGUGGGGGGAAUCUGUUCUGUGCUGGAGCUGCUAUACUGAGAAAAAAUGGGGUAAGCACGGGCUAAAAUGAAUGGGCAAAUAAAGGUUGAGUCUUUCUAA